CCGGGGCCGGCCCGCCCCACAGCCGCAGCCGCAGCGCGCCGGGCCGGCGGCACCGAGCCCGGCGAGCCGCACUGAGGGGCGCGGGGCAUGCGCUGCCCACGCCGGCCGCAGCGGGAGGCGCCGGCGGCGGCGGGGCCAGAAAUGAAAUGCUGUGAAUAGCAAAUCCAGAAUUUCUAAGGCUGAUGCCCUUGCAUGCCUAUGAGAAGAAUAUGUCACAGAGGAGACGUUAAGCCACAGCUGCUAGGAGUUGAGCCUGCUCUCUAAGCAGGGUUUGCUACAGCAGAGGCAGGCAAUGAAGGAAGAUAUGUGUCUUCAAGGAACAAUUCAGAACCUUUCGAGCUCCUGCUGUCAGACCUACCCUAACAGCGUAUGACUUGUUUGUAAUUGCUGUUUCAAGUUCAGCAGGAGGCUUCCAGAGGUGAGGAUGUGUCCUGAAAUAAAGUGGGAUAUUGCAAUUCCUCCACAGUGAGAUUAAGACACUUAAGAUUAUCCAGGACCUUUAGUAAGAUGAUAAAUGGCUCAUUUAAAUUGGGAGCUACUAAAAUACUCUCUGGCUGGCAAAUGCAGUGCCUAGCAGCAGUCAUCAAGGACGAACCAAACAUGAGUGGAGGAGGGGAGCAGGUCGACAUUCUUCCGGCCAAUUAUGUGGUCAAAGAUCGCUGGAAAGUGUUGAAGAAGAUUGGUGGCGGUGGCUUUGGGGAGAUCUAUGAGGCAAUGGAUCUGCUGACCCGUGAGAAUGUGGCCUUGAAGGUGGAAUCAGCCCAGCAGCCCAAGCAAGUUCUCAAGAUGGAAGUGGCUGUCCUGAAAAAACUGCAAGGGAAGGAUCAUGUUUGCAGAUUUAUUGGCUGUGGAAGGAAUGAAAAAUUUAAUUAUGUGGUCAUGCAGCUUCAGGGGCGAAAUCUUGCAGAUCUCAGAAGGAGUCAACCUCGAGGGACUUUCACCCUGAGCACAACGCUGCGAUUAGGCAAACAGAUUCUGGAAUCAAUAGAAGCCAUUCACUCUGUGGGAUUCCUGCAUCGUGACAUCAAGCCUUCUAAUUUUGCCAUGGGCCGCUUACCUUCAACGUACAGGAAGUGCUACAUGUUAGACUUUGGUCUGGCCCGUCAGUAUACCAACACUACUGGUGAAGUCCGGCCACCUCGCAAUGUUGCUGGUUUUCGAGGAACGGUUCGCUACGCUUCGGUGAAUGCACACAAAAACCGAGAGAUGGGUAGACAUGAUGAUCUCUGGUCCCUCUUUUACAUGUUGGUGGAGUUUGCAGUUGGUCAGCUUCCAUGGCGAAAGAUCAAAGAUAAGGAGCAGGUUGGCAUGAUAAAAGAAAAGUAUGAACACCGAAUGCUGCUAAAACACAUGCCUUCAGAGUUCCACCUUUUUCUGGAUCAUAUUGCAAGCCUAGACUACUUCACCAAGCCAGACUAUCAGCUAAUCAUGUCCGUUUUCGAGAACAGCAUGAAAGAAAGAGGCAUCACUGAAAAUGAAGCCUUUGACUGGGAGAAGGCUGGUACAGAUAUCUUGUUGUCCACUAGCACCUCUACUCCACCGCAGCAAAACACCAGGCAAACAGCAGCCAUGUUUGGGGUGGUUAAUGUCACUCCGGUACCUGGGGACUUGCUUCGUGAGAACACUGAGGAUGUCCUACAGGGUGAACAUCUGAGUGAUCAAGAGAAUGCUCCUCCCAUCCUGUCAGGCAGGCCAGUGGAGGGUCUUGGUCAGGCUCCAAACACCGCUUUCAACGAGGCUGAAGUUUGGGAAGAGACAGAUGUGAAUCGCAACAAACUCAGGAUCAGCAUCAGCAAAACUCAGUGCAUGGUGGAAGAGGAGCAGAGAAAUGGUGUCUGCCCCAGUUCCCCUGUCCGAGUGCCUCCGGAGUCCCCUACUGCACAAGUGCGCUCCCUAAGAUACCGCCGUGUGAACAGCCCUGAGUCAGAACGCCUCUCCACUGCUGAUGGCAAAGCAGAUCUGCACGAAAGAAGAUCUCGAAUGGAUUUACCUGGCUCUCCAUCACGGCUUGUAUGCUCCUCCCAGCCAGCCCAGAUGCUGUCCAUUGAUACUGGCCAGGCCGACCGGCAGGCAAGUGGUAGGAUGGAUGUGUCUGCUUCAGUGGAACACGAAGCCCUCAGCAAUGCUUUCCGCUCAGUGCCACUCGCAGAGGAGGAGGACUUUGAUAGCAAGGAGUGGGUUAUCAUUGAUAAGGAGACAGAGCUGAAGGACUUUCACCCAGGUGCUGAACCAAGCACCUCUGGAACCACGGAUGAGGAGCCUGAGGAACUAAGACCUAUUGAGGAGGGUGAGGAGAGAAGGCGCUUGGGGGCAGAUGCUGCAGUCAGGCCGAAGACGCAUGAUGGGCGAAGUCGGGGUAUGCAGCCUGUGACUGAGGAGGACAGUUCCCACAGACAUGAAGGACCUUCUCAAACAGUAUCUGACAGUAAACAUGAACAGCAGACAGGAAGUCCAGCCCACUCCCCCCUACAUUCAACACCAGCUAUCCGACAAAGGAGACGAGAAUCUGAACCUACUGGUCCUCAGAGACAGGCAUAUAUGCUGAAGUCAUUUGAAAUGAAUGGUCUGCCCAAGGCGGUGCCUUUAAGUUUGCCUUAUCAAGACUUCAGAAAAGAUGUGUCGGACUACUGGGAAAAGCCUAAGGUAUCCCAGCGGAUAAAGAAAGUUGAUUUCUCAAAUGUUGUCUUGACUGCUCCUUGCAAACCUCUGGAGCCUUAUCUGGAAGUAAAUGGAAAAGAGGAGGAGGGAGAAGAUGAGGAAGAAGAUGAGGAGGAUGAAGAUGAGGAGGAGGAGGCAGAGGAGGAAGGGGAUGAGAUUGACAUGCACAGUGGUUCCAGCAGCGACCUGAGUCAAAAAAGCACAGAGCGCAGUCAGGAGUGCGCACCAUCCACGCUCCUGGCUGAUGACCAGAAGGGAUCCAAGGGUCGAGCGUCCACUGCUGACGGGGACCUGGAGCUGGAGGAAGGCUCAAAAACACUAGUGUUGUUUUCACCAGGUGAUCUGAAAAAGUCUCCGGUGACCACAGACUUGGCUCCAGAAGUUGAUCUGGGCACUCUUGCUGCACUGACACCUCAGAGUGAGCGGCCACAGCCUAUGGGUAGCCAACUGGAUGUAUCCGAGCCAGGGACUCUGUCCUCAGUCCUUAAAUCUGAACCAAAGCCUCCCAUGGCAGUGGCUACAGCUUCCUCCCCCUUUACCAAAGUUGAGCGCACCUUUGUUCAUAUUGCCGAAAAGACCCACUUAAAUGUCAUGUCUUCCAGCGGCCAGCUGAUGAGGCAUGAAGAAUACUGCCCUCCGGGCCAGUUUGAGGAGGUCAUUAUUGAAGAAGAGCUGGAGGACAACCUGGUGCUGGUGGAGAAUGGAAGCAUACAUUCGGGGCUAGAAGGGGCAGAGACGGAGAGCUGCGCGCUUUCAGCUAAUCACAUUGAAACCACCUCAGAGACAGUGGGGGAGCCACUGGCCCUUCCCAAUGGUGUAGCAAAGCCUCCCGAGGACAAGCCGGAGGUCUCCAACAAAGUGGCGCUCUCGCUGGAUUUGGAAGAGCCUGGUGAGAUGGUUACAAGGGAACCUGACCUUGAGAAGUCAGCAUCGGCAGCAGAGCACCUUAAGCGAGCAGAGACCCUCCUUGACACACCACAGCAGGGCCCCAGGAGACCUCUGGGCUCCAGGUAUAGAAGUCGGAUACCCAUUUUAUUCUCUGAGGAGGACACUGGCUCAGACCUUUCAACUUCACUCUCGGCCAAAGAGAGGCUUUAUAAGAGAGCAAAGCAACCUGACUUGGCUCGCCUAGUGAUGGAGAAGAGGCAAAACCGCCUCCUUCGGCUAGCUUCAGGGGCCUCCUCCUCAGCGUCCUCCAGCGACGAGAGGCGGCGGGCCUCAGAAACCCUGUCGGCCACCGGUUCUGAGGAGGACACCCACGACUCUGAUGACUCCAUCCCAAGGAAGGCAGGGAAGGAGAGGGCUGCCCUCCUGGGGAAAGAAGAGAGACCCAUAAGCACAAAGAGCAGAAUUCCUCGGCCCAUCACGCCAGUGAAAACGCCACUAGAGGCAGCAAAGUCUGAUAGCUCCAUGGCCAUUGCGAUGGCAGUGCUAGGUAGCUCCCCGCAGGAUGCAGCUGUUGCCUACAGGCUUCAGGCACACAGACCAGCUGGAAGUGUCCCAAGCGAGUGCCGAACAACGCAGAUACAAAGUCGGCUUCCUCCUUUGCCAAGCUCCACUUCUCUUCCUCCACGGAGCAGCUCACGGAGGUCCAGCGGUACAUCCCCUCGGAGCCCUGUCCUUCCUUCAAGAAACCCCAGUGCUUCCCCCAGAAGCCAGCUGCCACCUCGGAGGGAAAGUCCUUCUCCCUGCCGACAGCAUAAGCCAGGGACUGCUCUUCAGCGAGUUCCUCCUUCUCCCCGACCUCAGGCCCUGGGGCCGACAGGAGAUUCCCUGCCCUCUCCUGGUGUGGCCAAAAAACAACAAAGAGGAAAAUCCCAGACUCAGAGUCCAGCAACCAAAGGAAAGCAGGUGUCCCUGGAAAGUAAGGCAGCUGCCAGAUAAUGAUCUUCUUCUGCCAGCCCAACAGACUGGGUAACUUCUGCAUAUAGUAUACACUUGAGAUGCUGCAGCACAGCCUUCCAUGCUGGACCCACAAGUGUAUAGCAGUAGCUGUACUUCAAUGCUUCACUCACUCUCACCCCACACCAUCGUGAUCAGCUCCCACGGGCCUGAGAGCCUCUGAUCCACAGAGAGCUUCUUCAAGGGAGACAUCCAGCCCGCAGCUCACGCUUGCUAACGCACAGCACCAAGCAGCGACCCAGGCAGCCUGCCUAGUGCCUGAGCCUCCUCCCUCCCCAGGCAUUCCCCUCUCUCUGUUAGCAAUACCAGUCGCCAACACCGGCCCUGGCUUUGGAAAGAGGAGCAGAGGUGACAAGAGCAAGGGCUGCUGGAGAGGAAGGCUCCUGUCCUGCAGGCAGCUCACUCCUCUCUCCUUGCUGGGAAAAUGCCAGCCUUGGCUGCCACCAUCUACCUGAGUGUUGGCUCACCUCCUGCCACCUGUGUUAGCGAGGGAUUGUCACCAGCUUAGCUGAGAGGGAUGGAUGCGUCCUUGUGUGCUGAGAUAAGAGCAGGGGCAGGGUGGAGGGGGCUCUUCUCUCCUUUCCAGAGAUGCCUCAGCAGGUGGGGGAGACAGGCAGGUCUUGCUGGAUGCUCCCACCUGCUCCAGAAUGUCCCACAGAGGAGGCCGUCUGGCAUUGCGGCUCAGCAACACUGCUGCUGUUUCAGCAGAUGCCUGUGUGGUGGGUAUUUAGAUGGAAGUAGGGAUGUAUUGGCAGCCUGCUGGGAAACCAAGAGUGCUUGCUAAUUGAUGUGGAAGGGAGCACACUGCAGCCGCUUCUGUCUCAAAUACUAGCCUGUGAUCUGUGGAGACCACAUCUCCCAACAUGGGUGGUUCUUCUUGACCUGAGUGUGGUUGGUGCCACAGACCCGUAGUCCACCAAACACAGCUCCAUCCUGAAGAUGUGAAUAGUCACUGGAUGCCUUUAGCUUGGGUGCCCCUUGCACCUAAAUUCCUUGUGCUUUAUUGUCAUGCUCUUGGUGUUUGUGAAUUUUGGCACUGUGGUUGAAAGUUCCCCUACGUGGCAAGGUGGGAAAUUAUUAUCCUGUAGUAUACUCAAAAGCUGCUGCUUUGCGAGGAGAGGUUUGCUGGCACACCAUGGGUACCUUGUGCAUUUCUAUCCGAGAGUACAGUGGGUUGAGUUGCGGAGGUCAUAUUUAUGUCAUUCUCUUUCUCAGUGCUUAGCUCUUCCCCACGUUGCGUGAGAACUAGCAAUGUGAACAUAAAAGCAAGGGCUGUGCUCUUCAAGUAAUAUUAUAAUAAAGCUUAGCGCCCAGCUAGAACUAAAUCAACCAACUUUUUAGCCCCCAGACUAAUUAGGAAGGUUUGAAAAUGAAAGCCAGGAGCACUGAUAGCUGUGUGAGCUUGAUGAGAUCUUGUAGUCACAAAAUUUUCCCUGCACCUCACAGGGGGAAACACUCCAGACCCAAAUACUUUGGGCUUUGCACCAUUGUCAUGCCUAAAAGAGGUUUUGCAUGAGGCAGAACAAAAAUACGGCUGCUCUGUACACCCAUUCCUGCAGCUGCAACUAGCUGCAAAUACUUACUAUUUGCAGACAACAAAGCUUGAUAGAGGAAUCUGUACAGUAAUAACCUUGAUUCCUUUGAACAUAGAUACAAACAGUCACACUGAUGGCUAUCAAGUCCGAGGAAUCCUGAAGUUGUUCACAUCUACAGGAACAUUCUGGAAAGGAGCAUGAGAGCUGUGACGGGGUGGCUGGGAGAACAGCGUACUCCUUGGACACCCAAACAGGGAAGUGUCUAGAAAUAGGUGACAGGAAUUGCCUCUUUACAUGACAGUCUCAGUGUUGCCAAUGCUAGGAAUUUAUUUCAUCUAGCUCAAAGUGUUUUUCAUUGAUCUUCACCCUGGUAGAGUAAGAAGCACAGUUUCUCGUCUAAAAACAUGCCCUCAUCUUUGCAGAGAAGCAUGGGAACUCCAAGGUCAGGUUGUGGUUUGAUGGACUGAGCUGAUGUUGCCACCAAAAGCAGGGGUCCGUCCAAGUUCCAGCUGCUUCAUUGCACUGUCCCACUCCCUUAUACUGGGGCAGCCAUUUGGUGAGGUUGCUGGAAGUGCUGAUCCAGCAUGACACCAAGCACUCUGGUUUGCUGGUUUGGUUUUCACCCAGUUCAGUUCAUCAGUCCAGUUCAGCAUUUGGUCACACAACAGAAGCAGGGGAAGGAGAGGACAGAGGGUGUGACCACUUCUUCUGGUGGCACUGUAACUUCAUGCAAGUUUGAAGUGUGGGUCAAACUACAAUCUACAUAUGCCCUGCAUGUUGCCCAGAGAAGCUGGGGAUGCCCCAUCCCUGGAAGUGUUCAAGGCCAGGUUGGAUGGGGCUUUGGGCAACGUGGUCUAGUGGAGGGUGUCCCUGCCCAUGGCAGGGGGGUUGGAACUAGAUGGUCUUUGAGGUCCCUUCCAACCCAAACCAUUCUAUGGUUCUAUGUUUAGAAACUAGAAAACAGAACAAACCCAAACACGGAUUCUUUCCAGAAAUAUAAACAGUAAUGGCACUCCUAUUAAUUUGCUGGGGGCUGUUGAUUUUAGAGUGCUCAGAUGGUAAAAGUUUGUCAUGAAGAUUUUACCAGAUGCUUCAUCCAGGUCUUAGUGCACAUGCCAAAAAUUACAUUGAAAGAGCUUGGAAAGAGGGCUACGGGACUAUUACCAGGGUUAGCAAACCUGCCUUAUCGUGGGAGGCCAAUAAAGCACAAUCAAUGUAUUUGUUCAAGAGAAAGUUUAAAGGAGAGUUUUCCGUGGCCCAGCUAUACCCAUGUCAGGAAGGAAGCUCCAGGGCAGAGAUCUUCCAUUUGGCACAUGAAGGCAGGGAAGACAGAGUAGUUGAUGAAGAAAUCAGGCAAGCUUGUAGUUGUGAAGCGACUGUCCAGUGAAAUCUUUCACAGGAAUGUGGGGACUUUCUCUUUUUAAAAGGUUUUAUGAGAAAGCUAGCUGUCUUCUAAGAGGUCUUCCUAGCAUAACCUAACUGCAAGUAGCAGGCAGGAAGCUGGUGACACCAAGGUGUCAUCUCUUUUUGUGGUCCAGUAGAUUCCUGGUCCUGCCGGACACGAGCCAAAGCUGUCAUGUAUUGGAGAGUCACUAAAUAGGUUCUGCAGGUUUCAGAAAGCCAGUGAAAGAUUUCCAGCACAGAAGAUAACAGCCCUUCCCAGUCUUGUUUGACAGGGCUGGGCUGAGGGUGAGCUGGGAACGCAGAGAUCUGGGGCUGGCUCGAGUUGUCUCUCCUUGUGGUUGUGCUACCAGCCUCCCUGCCCCAGCACAGCCCUGCUUCCCAGCUGUCCCUGGCACCAAGGGGAACAGAGAGUGCAUCAGCGGCACAGUGCUCCCCGGUCAUUUUGGAUAGGAGAAGGCUGCGCCAUCAGGUGUGAUGGCAGUGAAAGUUGGCUGACUGCAGCAAUGCUUUCUCCCCAGAGAACCUGUGCAGGAGCUGCUGGGCGCUGUCACUGAAAGGUUUCUAAGGGUUGUUCCUGCGAGGCCUGACUGUCCCCGUGUAUCCCACGGGUUUGGGUCUCCAGACCUGCUCCCUUUCCCAGUGGCAAGUGAUGCUGUGGUCCUGGAUGGGUGUCACAUUGCCUCUUUCAUUCCUUCACUGAAGUUACUUUUACAGGAGCUUCAGUGCUGUGCUCUUCCAGUCAAGUGGCUAUCAAGAAUUUGCUAACAAGAGGUGGUCCACAGAGCCGCAUUUUGCUGGCAGAGCUGGUCAGAGGGUGCUGCCUGGCCCAGGCACACUGGUAAGCCCCCUGUUAGCAGCCCUGUUAGCGUGCUGCAGGAGGUGAUGGCUUGAUCCCUCUUUCAGGUGUCAGCAGAGGGACUUGGGAAAGCCCCUGCCGUGUGGGUGCUGCUCUGGAUCUCCUCUCUGGCUCUGAUUUUCAAGGUUCUGCCCUUCAAUGGUGAGUGUGACUACAGUGUACCUCCGACACUGGGAUGCUCAGCACAUCCUGCUUGCAGACGUUCCCAUGUUUCUCAUGCGUCUCUCUGGAGGGAGUUUCUGGCAGGCAGGUGGACCAGCAGUGAUGCUCUCUGCUAGCGUUACUGUGAAAACAGCCCUGCAAAAGGGUCAACGACUCCUCAGGGUCCUCUCAUCCUCCCUUCUCCCUCCACGCCACAGGGAGGCUGGAAGGGCACCUGCCAUAGUUGGAGCAAACACGGAAGAUCAUGUCUGGGGGCAGGAGGGGACGAGGCCUGUAAUGUUAGGGAGAAGUUAGGUGGUUGAGGGAUGCCAGACGAUCCAGUCUGGCAUUACAGGACAUGGUGGGCUGUCACAUCCCAGAAAGGCAAGAGAGGCAAGACCCUGCUGUUCCCUGCCGUGAAACAUGGUGUGCAAGCUCUGCAAGCCUCGAGGACACACAGGGCUGCUCAAACACUGCUGUUGGCGUGAGGGCGCAUCCUUGCUUCACUGCAAAGAAGAGAAGAUCAAAUUGAAGAUUGAGCUGACCAGAGCAGAGGAAAUGGCUAGGAAGAAAAAGAAAGAAAACUCUUUGGGGUCAGGGGAGGAGAAUCAGGGUUUUCAGCACUUUUCCAUAUUUGCGGGAAUUUCUGGGAACAGCCCAGCACUACGUGGUUCCCCAUUGGUGUGUUUGCUGCAGGGUUGUGCCCAUGUGCAUUUUGAGGGGACUCCUGGGACAGUCUGCUGCCGUGCCUGCAUCUGUGCAUGCAUGUGCAUGGGUGGUAGGAACGGACAGGACUUGUUCAGGGGAGCAUUGGGGGUUCCUGUGCGUGUCGGGAGCAUAAAUGUCUUUGGGACUGCCUGGUAUCAUGAGAUAAAGCAAACCCUCUGCUGAGAGCCUUCGCUUUGCUGGGGUCUGCAAAGGUCCCGUCUGCUUUCUUACCUGCCAGCUGAGAAGAUGGCACACUGGCUGGUAAAAAUGAGUCAAUGGCUCCUAUCUGGCCAGGAGACGUUUGCAAAGAAACAGGGAUGGCGGGGUGUGGUGUGUGGUGUGUGUGUUCCAAGUGGUGAAUCUGAAAGACAGUUCUCAGCACUAAGCCACUGUGAGGAUGGGUUACAUGAGCAGAGGGAGCAAAAGGACCGACAGCACCAGUCAGACUAAUGCUGGGGGGGGCUUGAACGCACGGAUAGAACUGCUCGACCGAUUCAUCUGGUUGGCAGCACAAAUGCUUCUGCUUGUAUUGGUGCAAAAGGUGUUUUGGUAGCAGACCUCUCUGAGUCAGUUGUGCUUGGAAUCUAUAAGAGGCAGGACACUUUGCUUGCCCUUUCUAAGUAAAGAAUAUUAUAAUAUAUAUAUUAUUAUAACAAUAUAAUAUAAGUAGUGCCCAUUAUAUAUAGUGGCUAAAGGUUGAAAAGGAUCCUGCUACCUUCAAAGAAGUGCCCUGACGCUAUGUGACUUUUGAUGGGUGCAGGACUGACUGCUGUGCGUGGUGGAUGUGGGCAGAGGAAUUCUGCCGAAGCACAUGUGAGCUGUGAGGCUCCACUCGCCCGAGCAUGACCCAAGGGCAAAACACCCCAGCUUGGAUGGUUGGCAGCCAUCAUGCUUGCCAUCAGAGUUGUAAUAACUGGUGGACUGCCACACAUCUUUGUGUGGCAUGGAUUGGGGUCUGGAGAGUGGCUGCCCUUGACUAACAUGAGCAUGGUUUGUUUGCUAGUGAAACACCACUCCAAAGCAAGUUGUGUUGGGGCAAGAAAAUCUCUGAUGUUUCUCCUUUCCAACACAGAGGUAUUUUCUCAGUGUAAAUCCUCUGUAAGAAGAUGGCUAAGUAUCUGUUGAUAGCCUGACCAGCUCCAGUAGCAGCUCGACGGUCCCUUAGCACACUUCUUUCUUCUCUGUAUAGUUUACUGACCCCUGGCAUGAUCCCACCACUAUUCCAUGUGCACAGACACUGGUGCCUACCUAAGGCCUUGCCCCACACAUCAAUCAACUGCAGUUAAAUUAACCUUGUGAACACAGUAAAUGUCACGUUGUGGACAUGAGUUUGGUUUCAGAUGAAUUUAUUCUGGCUUAACUGUGCCCGUGCUCCAGAGGUGCUAGGCUGGUUUCACAAAGCACACGGGGACAACCUGGGAGUUUGCAACCACCUUUGAUUCCAUCUGUUUGCCAGCUACUCCGGCAUCUGCACACAAGGGAGAGAGCUUGGGCUCCUGUUCAGGCCCUUUCCCCUCGUGGUGCCUGUACCACUGAUGCUGGGUGGGUGCCCCUGGGCUCCCAGGUCCUCUGCAGAACCCCGAAUGGAUGUUUUGCUCUUCCUCAGCCUGUUGCUGCGCUCCGAGGGGCUGGGACCAUACUGAUAGUAACAGCAGAGCCAGCUGACGUUGACAGGUUAGCAGCACGUCCAUGAGCGCUGGGGUUGGUAUCUUUGUGAGGCCAGAGAACAGCCCUGGUUGCAGGGUGUGGUGAGCUGUGAUGCCGAGCACAGCCAGGAUCCCAUGAAAUGACAGUGAUUUGUAAGCCAUAACUGACCUGUCCCCUCCUGAAUUUACCUCCUCUAGCAAAUCUUGUCUUCAGAGUCACUGCGUGCUCCCUGCAGGUCAGUCCCUCUCUGGCUGGGGGCUUGAAGCCCUCCUGGAUUUCUGCAAAGCUUGAGGCAGAUUUGGCUGCCAACCUGUGCAGCUGGCCCUGCACCAUGCAUGCUGGUGCUCCGGGUUAUAAGGAGAAACAUUACCCUUUUCAUUUCUGGAGCUGCAAAUGUCUGGAAAGCAGGUUUAAAGUACACACUGAUGCCCUCUGUGCUAAAAGAAGUCAGGGAGCUACCACAGCAAAUUCAGAGGUGGGUUCCAGGUAGGGACAAAGGUGCUCCUGCUCCUAAACCAGAGGGGGCUGCAGGGUGAGAUCUCUGCUUUGGCGAGGGUACCGCUGGGCUGGUAUCAGCAUGGGGCUUGCCAGUAGCUGCUCUGCCUCUGGCUUGCCUCAUCUUGCCUCUGCCCUGAGCGCAAGUAGGUCUGACACGGGGUCGCCGGAGGAGGCAGGGGCUGACGUUUGCUCAGCACUUGGGUAAAUGGCUGCCACGGUGCAAGGCAGAGGCUCCCCGACCGUCGCCUGCAGCUGGUGUGAUGAGCUCUGCAGGACGCAGGGGUUUAGGCAAGGAGUCCAGGCUAACGGGAUGUGUGAAAACCAGUGUCAGCGGCACUGCUGUGCUACAGGUCUGGGCUGCUGCUUCUCUGGACAGGAAUUGGAGCUGGAAACGCAGAUAAUUUUGUAUAUCUCCUUUUAACGCGAUAGCAUGUGACUCUACACUCAGAUAUUGUAUCUGGCGCACCGACGUUGUUUUCCUUCCCCUCUGGCACAGUCUGACAAAGUCUUUUGGCCUGGAGACAGGACUUCUGCUCCUUGGUACUGCCUCCCUGGAAAUGCGACUGGGUCCCAAGGCUAAAAAUCUCUCUACAUAUCUUCUUUGCAUUCUUUAGGAAAGCAGCUGAAGAAUGUUUACACACUGCAAACAGAAUGUACGACUCCGACCGAGGAACCACAAUCCGGUUCAACUGCAUGGCAAAUUUCUUGGCCAUAAAAUCUGGCAUGCAUCACAGAGGCCCUGUCUGUGUACAGAUCCACCUGGCAUCCGUCAUAACUUCAGACCACAUCUUAAAAAAAAAAAAAAGAUGAUGCCAUUUCUUGUUCAUAUCAGACACAGUUGUCAUUAGAUUUGUUAUUAAAAGGGGAUUCUUGAUCAUGCCAUUAAAAGCCUGUCUACCUUUUCA